AAUGUACAAAGGAACAAUUUUGAUAUUUUCUUUCUGUAUGAACCUGCUUACUGGGUUUAAGAUUACUAGUAGACAGUACAAUGUUAAUGGAGAUGUGACUGUACAAAACGGGAAAAUUAUCAUUACUGGUUUCAGUUACACUGGAAAAGCUCCGGAUGCUUUCUUCUAUGUUGGAACAACGGGUUCUCCGAGUGAAUCUGGAACUAGGGUUCAAUAUCCACCAGGAUCAGAUGCUCCAUUAGGUAGGCAAUACAGGGAGGACAAAACAUACACGGACAGGGAGGACAAAACUCACACAGACUGGGAGAACAAAACUUACACAGACAGGGAGGACAAAACAUAUACGGACAGGGAGGACAAAACUUACACAGACUGGGAGAACAAAACUUACACAGACAGGGAGGACAAAACAUAUACAGACAGGGAGGACAAAACUUACACAGACUGGGAGAACAAACAUAUAAAGACUGGGAGAACAAACAUAUAA